ACACAGGACCGGCUCUGGGCUCCGGCAGCCGCGCUUUCCCUCACCGGGCGGCGGACGCCCCUCACCCGGCCGGCCCGCCCGAGUGACUCACUGCUCCCCUGGCCCCCAGCCACCGCCGUCUCCUGGCAGGAGGCAGGAGGCGCAAGGUUGUGCAGAAGCCACGGGGUCUGCUCUGCGAGGGCCGCCUGGCCAGAGGGUCUGGAGCAGCCAAACGGAGCCGGCGCCCGGAGGCUGGCCCAGGGACAGCAAGGCCGGUGGCUGGGACCAGCAGUGGCCUGUGGGACUCGGUGCCUCCCCCUCUCCUCUGGCUUUUGGGACUUUUCUUUCUUCUUCCCACCAUGAAGAAGGAAGUGACCUGAGAGCCAGCAAAGAGAGCCAGCCCCUGGCCAGGAGGAGACCAGUGUCGGAGGGCUGUGGCCGUGGGCCGCGGGCAGCUCUCUCCUCCUCCUAGCCAGGCAUGAAGGGAGGUGGCAGCGCCGUGUGGAGCCUCAUGUGGAAGUACUGCAUCUCCGUGAGGACCCUCAGCGUCGAGGGCGAGGCGCCCGGCAGUGAGACUGGCACGUCACUGGACAGCCCGUCGGCCUACCACCAGGGCCCCUUAGCGCCCGGUGCCAGCCUGAGCCCAGACCACUACGAGCACACGUCGGCAGGAGCCUAUGGGCUGUACUCGGGGCCGCCAGGGCAGCGCGCGCGGAGGCCCAAGCUGCAGCACUCGACCUCCAUCCUACGCAAGCAGGCUGAGGAGGAGGCCAUCAAGCGCUCGCGGUCGCUCUCUGAGAGCUAUGAGCUCUCCUCGGACCUGCAGGACAAGCAGGUGGAGAUGCUAGAACGGAAGUAUGGGGGACGCCUCGUGACCCGCCAUGCGGCCCGCACCAUCCAGACGGCCUUCCGCCAGUACCAGAUGAACAAGAACUUCGAGCGCCUGCGCAGCUCCAUGUCGGAGAACCGCAUGUCGCGCCGGAUCGUGCUGUCCAACAUGAGGAUGCAGUUCUCCUUCGAGGGGCCUGAGAAGCUGCACAGCUCCUACUUCGAGGGGAAGCAGGUCUCCGUGACAGGUGAUGGCUCUCAGUUGGGGGCCCUGGUGCCAUCUGAGUGUGGCGAUCUUGGUGAGCCACCCGCUCUCAAGUCUCCAGCCCCCUCCAGCGACUUUGCGGAUGCCAUCACAGAGCUGGAGGACGCCUUCUCCCGGCAGGUGAAAUCGCUGGCCGAGUCCAUCGACGACGCGCUCAACUGCCGCAGCCUGCACGCCGAGGAGGCGCCAGCCCCCGAUGCGGGGCGGGCCCGGGACGCCGAGCCCAAGCCGGCCCUGCAUGGCGUGGACCACCGCAAACUGGACGAGAUGACGGCCUCGUACAGCGAUGUCACCCUGUACAUCGACGAGGAGGAGCUGUCGCCACCACUGCCCCUCUCACAGGCAGGGCACCGCCCAUCCAGUGCCGAGUCGGACCUGCGGCUGCGGGCUGGGGGCGCCACCCAGGACUACUGGGCCCUGGCUCACAAGGACGACAAGGGGGACACGGACACGAGCUGCCGGAGCACACCAUCGCUUGAGCGGCAGGAGCAGCGGCUGCGGGUGGAACACCUCCCACUGCUCACUAUCGAGCCGCCCAGCGACAGCUCCGUGGACCUCAGUGACCGCUCGGACCGCGGCUCGCUCAAGAGGCAGAGCGCCUAUGAGCGCAGCCUCGGCGGGCAGCAGGGCAGUCCCAAGCACGGCUCCCACGGUGGCCCCCCCAAGGGCCUGCCCCGGGAGGAGCCGGAGUUGCGGCCCCGGCCCCCCAGGCCCCUCGACAGCCAUCUGGCCAUCAAUGGCUCAGCCAACAGGCAGAGCAAGUCCGAGUCGGACUACUCAGAUGGGGACAAUGACAGUAUCAACAGCACGUCCAACUCCAACGACACCAUCAACUGCAGCUCUGAGUCGUCGUCCCGUGACAGCCUGCGGGAGCAGACGCUCAGCAAGCAGACCUACCACAAGGAGACCCGCAACAGCUGGGACUCCCCCGCCUUCAGCAACGAUGUAAUUCGCAAGAGGCACUAUCGCAUUGGCCUCAACCUCUUCAACAAGAAGCCUGAGAAGGGCGUCCAGUACCUCAUUGAGCGUGGCUUUGUGCCCGACACGCCUGUGGGGGUGGCCCACUUCCUGCUGCAGCGCAAGGGCCUCAGCCGGCAGAUGAUUGGCGAGUUCCUGGGCAACCGGCAGAAGCAGUUCAACCGCGACGUGCUGGACUGCGUGGUAGACGAGAUGGACUUCUCUGCUAUGGAGCUGGACGAGGCCCUCAGGAAGUUCCAGGCGCACAUCCGGGUCCAGGGGGAGGCUCAGAAGGUGGAGCGGCUCAUCGAGGCAUUCAGUCAGCGGUACUGCAUCUGCAACCCUGGGGUGGUGCGGCAGUUCCGGAACCCGGACACCAUCUUCAUCCUGGCCUUCGCCAUCAUUCUGCUCAACACGGACAUGUACAGCCCUAACGUCAAGCCAGAGCGCAAGAUGAAGCUGGAAGACUUCGUCAAGAACCUCCGAGGGGUGGACGACGGCGAGGACAUUCCCCGGGAGAUGCUGAUUGGCAUCUAUGAGCGGAUCCGAAAGCGGGAGCUGAAGACCAAUGAGGACCAUGUGUCCCAGGUGCAGAAGGUGGAGAAGCUCAUUGUGGGGAAGAAGCCGAUUGGAUCCCUGCACCACGGCCUGGGCUGCGUGCUCUCUCUGCCCCACCGGCGGCUGGUCUGCUACUGCCGGCUCUUCGAGGUUCCCGACCCAAACAAGCCCCAGAAACUCGGGCUGCACCAGCGAGAAAUCUUCCUGUUCAACGACCUCCUGGUGGUCACCAAGAUCUUCCAGAAGAAGAAGAACUCGGUGACGUACAGCUUCCGGCAGUCCUUCUCCCUGUACGGCAUGCAGGUCCUGCUCUUCGAGAACCAGUACUACCCCAAUGGCAUCCGGCUCACGUCUGCCGUCCCCGGAGCAGACAUCAAAGUGUUAAUAAACUUUAAUGCUCCCAAUCCUCAAGACAGGAAGAAAUUCACCGAUGACCUGCGGGAGUCCAUCGCGGAGGUGCAAGAGAUGGAGAAGCACAGAAUAGAGUCGGAGCUCGAGAAGCAGAAGGGCGUUGUGCGGCCCAGCAUGUCCCAGUGCUCCAGCCUCAAAAAGGAGUCAGGCAACGGGACGCUGAGCCGGGCCUGCCUGGACGACAGCUACACCAGUGGCGAGGGCCUCAAGCGCAGCGCCCUCAGCAGCUCCCUGCGGGACCUCUCCGAAGCGGGGAAGCGAGGGCGUCGCAGCAGUGCGGGAUCGCUAGAGAGCAAUGUGGAAGGGUCCAUCAUUAGCAGUCCUCACAUGCGCCGGAGAGCUACAUCAACACGAGAGUGUCCAUCUCGCCCACACCAGACUAUGCCUAAUUCAUCCUCCCUCCUGGGCUCCUUAUUUGGGAGUAAGAGAGGGAAGCCCCCUCCCCAGGCCCACCUGCCCUCAGCCCCUCCCCAGCCACCCCCCCACCCGCCGGGCCUGCCCCACCCGCAGCACUCCUCCGCUGGCCAUCACCAGGGGCCCACAGAGGGCCCACCACAGGCCCAGGUACAUGGGCACCACACCCAGUACUGCCACAUGCAGCAGAACCCACCCCCCUACCACCACCACCACCACUACCACCCCCCCCAGCACAUCCAGCAUGCACACCAGUACCACCAUGGCCCCCACGGGGGGCAUCCACCCUAUGGGGCCCAUGUGCACGGCCACCCACCGCUGCCCUCGGCCCACAUGGGCCACCCAGGCCACGUAGGCCAUGCAGCGCAUCACCACGGGCAGCCCCCCGCACCGCCGCCCCCUACCAGCAGCAAGGCCAAACCCAGCGGCAUCAGCACAAUUGUGUAGACAGCCUGUGCGGGGGUCCCAGACUCCCUGGAACAACUAACUGCACACCACACAGAGGCCCGCCCGGGGUGGCCAGCCUCGGGCCAGACCCAGGGCACUUGUGUUUCCAUCUCUCCCCUCUGCUCCUCACAGCCGGACGGAGCCCCCUGAGCCCACAGGGCUUGCGUUGUAGGGAACAAAGCUCCUGAUUUAAUUUAAUGUUGGCGUCCGGGCUCCAUCUGCCUCAACCCGAGGGGUGGACCUCGGCCACCAUCAGCCUCGAAGCCGUGACGCCGGCCAAGUAGGUCUUGAGCUGCCCCCAGCCCACUGCAGCCCUCAGCUCUCUGCCCGAUUGUACACGCACAUGAAACCCAGCCUAGGAAAAGAAGAAACGAGACACAAAACCAGAGAGAACAAAACAAAAACCCAACACUUGCUGCAUUAUUGCUCUUUUGUUGACAAUGGGCAAAAAAUUAAGUAGACCUGAUAUGGUUGAUGAAAAUACGUAAGUAAACUUUAUAUAAUAUAAAUAUAUAAAUAUAUAAAUAUAUAUAUAUAUAUACUGUAUAGGUAGUAUUUGUGUGUGAGAGGCAAGCGUUUCAGUCCACAGAAUUAGCAAUAUAGACUUUACAAGGAGCUCCACUUACCUGAUAGGAAGACAGGACCUUAGAUGAAUGUGUGAGAGAGUAGACCAAAAACUUAAAUGCUAGGAACAAAUUCAGAUACUUCCAUAUUUUCAUAAAAAGAAGAGAAGUCCCUCUAGGACUGGCUAAAACCUUUACGCAAUCUUUACUAACUGUGCCAAGUAACAUAGCAUCUAACUGUUUAAAAAGUCCAAUAUUGCUUUGUAUAAAUCCUUAUUUUAUUAACAGAAUACUAUCAUAAGUAAUCAGUAUUAUUACUGCUCUGUUAUUUCAGGUAAGCAAAUAGAUAAAAUGCAGUAAACUACAGUAGCAACUCGGGACAACUAGUUCGGAACCAGUUGUCCUAGAAUAUUGGUUACACAGAUGCUUAGACACUUUAAUGGCUGCGAUAACUGUGAAUUCCCAUGUUCCAUAUUUCUUUUACAUGCAUCUGAUUUAAUGCACACUCAUUCCGAGUCCUCUGAGGGGGCACCCAUACACGGCAGAAGUACUCAUCUCCAACAUGAAAGCGGCCAGCUCUCAUCCUCGUCUCCCCAGCACCAUAACUUACUCAUCCUGUUCCAACCGCACCAGGCAGGAGCCCCGAGCGUGUUUCCACCAGGAACCGCUCUCGAACCUGAAGGCUGACUUUAGCGUUUAGCAGCCAGGGCGGUGUGUGUGUCUCCCGUUUUGUUUUCUGAGUGGUAGCCGUGACCAUCGUAAUUCCAUGUAGCCAUGUGCCAGCACAACCCCCUUGUCAUCACCGUGGCCCAUCUGACCCCGGCUGAUGAGCACCGGCCUCGCCAGCGAAGCCCCUGCUACCUUCUCAUGGUCCAGUUAGUUGCCAGGGCAUCACAUGACUCAGCUGUGCUCUUGUCGCUUCCGUGUUGUGGUGACACCAUCCACUCCCCCAGGGGCCGGGCGCUGCACGCAUCCGGUUCUGUGCCUGAGUCACCCACGGGCCGUACUUUGCAGUUUCAGCCUUUCGAGCCACUGCAGCCACCAGUGCUGUGCUCCUAAGCCGUGGGACCCGAGGACUGCCCCACGGCACCUGCCCAGGCGGAGAGCCCUUUCAGAAAGGGCGAAGCUAACGCAGGACUCUGCGGGCCGCGGGGCUCCGCGCUCCGUGGACAGCGUGGCGAGCCAUGGCUGGACAGCAGGACGACAGAGGGGAGCCCACCCUGGCCGGCCAGCCGAGGGUUCUGCCCAUUUCCCUCCCCACUCACCCCUUUCUCAUAUCAUUGAGGUCACCAUACCAGCAAUCUGCAAACCGAGCACUUUGUUAAUCUCCACGGAGAGCAAAUACAGCAAUUUAGAGUUUAGCGUUUUUUUAAAAGAAGUGUGACUUUAACCUGCCCGCCUUCAUGUCCCCAUCAGCGUAGUAUUUCUCUCGGGCAUCUGCUCAGAAAGAGAGAAAUGAAAAGCACGGUGUGUCUGAUCUGGCCCAGGCCAGGCUGGUGGGAGGCUCCCCGGUUCCACUGACUCCUAAAUUCUUUGGUUUCCCUUCAGAGUCAGGCUCCCCGAGGCGUUCUCUGUCUUGCAGUGUAACAGAUGUUGUUCUGACAAGGAAAAGUCGAAUUGUGCUGCAUGUCACCUGGCGUCAGUCGUGUGAGGCCACACUCUGUAUUGUAUAUUUGCAAAAUACAUCAGUGUUACUGUUGACAAAUAGUUGAAGUAAAGUGGUAACAUAUUAAAUAUGUCAGCUUUUCUUCACUCUCCUGUACCAAUGGUAGAGUCUAACUGUAAACUCUAGGUUGUUCCAGAAAAGAUGAGGCUGUUUGGUACAAGAUUGCCCUUUCUGAAAGGACAGUCACUAAGGAAAAACAACAGAACCAACAAUAAAUCCGAGGGAGGGGCGGCUUCUCUCUUCAUUGCCAUCCUGCGUGCUCCACAGGCCAUUCAGAACUCUGACCUCCAAAACUGUCACCGAUGUGUCCUGAAGCUGUCAGGGUGCCACAGGGCCAGAUGUAGUGAAAUAGCUUCUUGAACAAAUUCAGUUCUCGCGUUUCCAGCUUCAUUCAGUGUAUCAGGUUCAGGUCAAUGAGGUUUCAUUGUUCUGUGUGUUUUGUUUACAAACUGUCAUGGGAAGUGUUUCUAGCACACUGUCCCAUUGAGGAGGCUGGAGCCACGCUGCACAAAUCUUGCCUGGGAAGCAAAAGCUUCUGAUAAACUGGUGUCCCCCAUGUUGUUUCCAUGGGACUGUUCCCCAGAUCCCAACCGGUCACAGGGUCACAGCUGGGGGUACCUAUCAUUCACCCCCAGGAUAGGAGGCAGGAGCGCCACCAGGACAUUUGUGUCAUCCUUUCUUACUGUCAGGACACACGGGACAUUUUUCUCAAGUUGCACAAAUUAUUUCAAUUAUACAAUAAUUUCCGGCAGGAGCAGGGGACCCUUAGAGGAAGCGGCUGGUAGCAUCACAAAAAUCUUUUCUGGGACAACAAUUAAAUCAUGUAUUUGUAUUUUAAGUUUACGAAUGAAUUGUACAACAAUGUAAAAAUAAAGUUCAUCCUAAUAUGAUGUGCACGUCUUGCUUAAAAAUGUCUUCAGUCAGCCAGUGUAGAGCGAUUUUUCCAUCACGCGCUGCAUGCAGCAGAAGCCUCGUUUUUCUUUAAAAUGAGCUGAAAAGACAGCAGAUAUGUAACCAUGACCCUAGGUGUUGACUCGGCGCAAAGCUGCGUCUCCACAGGGAAGCAUGCCUCUGACAGUUUUGUUGUAAAAUAUCAUCACCUUUCCUGCCUGAAAAGUGAAUAAUUUUGUAAGUAUUUUAAAUAACAACAACAAUUGAGGAAGCAGAUUGUGAGGUGAAUCAGCGUGCGGUGGGGGUGGCGAGGGGCGCGAGGGAGGAGCUCUGUCGGUUGUCCUGCGCGUGCCCGGCGGUGUCGGUGUUCUGUGUGCGGGCAUGCUGGGGUCGCGCGCGGUGCCCGUCUCCUGAGAACGUCAUUCACCUUCGAGUCGUUUUAAACACACAGAGUCAGGUCUCGAAUGCAGACUGUUCAAAGACUUGCAGGGACCCCUCGCUCACGAGGAGCCCAGCACCCCCCGUGUGACUGGGGAGGAGAGGAGCGCUUUUGUUUUAAUAUGCACUCUGCCUGUGAGUAGUAAGACUCUAUUGAUGUAAAACCAUAGCUGUGAUCGUGUGGAGAAAUCAAAUAAAUCCUUUAAAACUC